AUGGAAAUUCCAUCCGUUUUGGAUGAAAAAUUAUUACCGAUAUUGGAUAAAGUUACACUAGAUCCAGAUCCGAUAAAAGCAGUUUAUCAUUAUUAUAAAACAAAAUUCGAAGGGAAUUUAUUGGUUAAACCAGAAUGGGAUGCUGCGAGAAUAACACCGGCUACCGAAUUAGUGUCAGCAAAAAGAGAUUUGUUAUUGGCAGAAAGAAGCCUACAAAGAAAACGUGAAGAACAAAAUAUAAAAAGAGAAUUCAUGGAUAAAGAAUGGAGAGAAUUAUUAGAAAAAGAAAUAGGUUUACGUACGGCUUUUGUAAGAUUUAAUAAAUUCAUUAAAGAAAAUCUUGACAAGAGGGAAAGAGCUGAGAAAAGAGUAAAAGAAGAAAAAGAUCUUCAAAAUUUAAGAGAUCAAGAAUUAGAAGAACUUCAAGGAAAAGUUGAUUACAUGAAAUUUAUUAAAGAUGAUAUGGAAAAACAUGUCAACGAGUAUAAAAUGUAUGAAAAUUAUUUGAAACUCGUCAUUAAUUUAUCCAACGAAAUGAACAGCUCCUACGACAUAUUAAACAGGUAUGAAACGUUGGCAUCGGCAAGAACAGAAUUAGCUGCGAGACAGGAAAAAAAUUUAACGGCUUUGGAAACGGCAAGAACGGACAUGAUUAAACUAACGGAAGAAAAAUCACAAACAAUGAUGGGAUUGAUAACGGAAUUAUCACAAUUGCAAAUGCGUUAUGAUAGAGCUAAAGCCAUGUCACUACGUUGGGAAACUGUUUUAACAAAAAUUAAAAAUAUAUCCGCAGAAAAAGCUUUGGAAUUGAAUCAAGUAAAAAUUUCAUGUUGGAAUUUAUACACGGCCAUGUGUUUGAGAAAAAACGUUGAAGUUUCCGUUGAAAAGGAUAACGUCGAAGAACAAUUGGUUUUCAUAAAGAGAUCAAUACAAGAAUUGAAAAAAAUAUUAAGAUUAGUACAGAAAAAAGCUGCUAAAGAAAUCGCAUCAAACAAACCAUCUGAAAUUUCAACGUGA